GCUAUAUAAGAGUGUUUGCUAACCGCUUGUAUGGACAUUCAGUAUUUUAUCAACAGCGAUAUUCUCUUCAGUAUAUCUACUGUAUUCCAUUUCACAAUCACGUCUACACACAAUCUACCAGCCAGAUAUAUCAAACCACCAGCCAUCAUCAUGUCUACCCAUCGAUUGACUGAGCACAACCUCUUCAUCCAUGACCAAACCAUCGAUAUCAAGCAGGACCCCAAACGGACCUCCAACCGAAUGCAGGACCAUGGACAGAAUCAAAACCAGAACCAGAAGCAAAUACCUUCCUGGCUCAUAACUCUCAUAUCAUCCGAACACAUGCACAAGCUCAACUCUCAGUUGGCUCUCAACCUCUCCAAACUUCCUUCAACCACCACCAGCAAUAGCACCCCCAAUACCACAAAAGGCACGGACAUAGACAUCGACGCAGACAUCCAACACAUCACAAACGUCCUCUCAUCUCUUCCACCUCACGACCCUAUCUGCUCCAGAUUCAAGCUGCUGGAAGAUAUCCUCAGUACACAAGCACACAGCCGCCAGGAGAACCUUAGCUCAAACCCAAUCCCUCUAGAACGCUUCCUCACGCCCGGAUACAGUGAUCCGUACUACAUUGUGGAGAGGGCGUUAGAGGAGCUGGGCAUCCCGUUUGGGAAUCUGGAGAGUGGUGAGAUACGAAGAAACAUGGCCAGGGAGAAUGUUGAUGCUGUGAGGGAGGCUACGAUGGGGAUGGAGGCGAAUAGUGUGUGUGAGGGGAGGGUUGGUAGGACUAUCUAGUUGGUUGGUUGGUCUUGACUGGGUCAGACGAAGUGUUUCUUUCAUUUGUUCAAUGAUUGAGGGGGGUAUGGUUGCUUGAAUGAGUUAGGGUUUUCAUAUUCUGGAUAGAUGGAGUUCUUUGCAUACGUACAUACUCUGGGAGUAUAGAAAAUGACUGAAUGAGACAUACUUUGCUUUGAUG